CAAAGUUGAUAGAUCAUUUGUUUAUAAAAUGCCAUACUUGGAAGAAGUAAAAUAAGACGAGAAAAAGUGUAAUAAAAUAAGAGACCUUCUUUAAUAGAUCUUAUAAAAAUUUUCAGAACUUUAACCUACUUUAGAUAAGAUUGCUAUGAAUCUUCAAACGUAUAUAAAAAGUUUCUUUCAAAAAAUUUUCCUUUUUUUUUAUGUCCACAUCAUGAAUUUCGAGAAAUAAAAAUGACUGAUAAGAAUGACCUUGUGUGUAAAAAUGUCACGAUUCCAUUUAUAAACAAUAAACAACUACCUAACCUGAUGCAUGUUUUGAAAAUUAUAAAAAGAGGACAGAAAAUUUCUGUACAAAAGAAAGUGACUUUGAUAUAUGGUAAAAUUCCUACUAAAUACAUAAGAAAGGUAACUGCUGCCAAUAGAGGAAAAUGGGAUGAACAGUACUUAUUUCUUCCAGAUGAAACAGUACAUACUAAUCGUCUAAAUUACUGUCAAACAAGCAAAGAAUUUAACAUUCCUUAUCGUAUUCUUCGCAGAAGACUUAAAGAUAGUAAUUUAGCAAAGCGGAGCUCUUGA